GUGACUGGUGCGGCCAGACAUCAGCAGACUCAGUCGAAUGUUUGGAGUUGGCGCGCGCGUAACGGUUUGUUUACAAAACAGGCGGCGUAUUAUUUUUUUUUUUGUCGAGCGUGCUGACGCGUGUUAUGUUGUCUCGUAAAAUUACGUUCAUGUACGCUCGUUGACAUUGCAGACGUGGUUUUCUGUUUUGUAUUUUUAAGUCAGUGUGAUACAUCCCGAGGACAGGCCACACUUGUUUACAUUACAAGAGUUCAAGGGGGACAAGUCCCGUGAGCGCACCGGAUGAAGGGUCGCUGAACCUUCGCCAGAUGGAGCGCCGCUGCGGGAAGUUGCGUCCUGCAGGUGGCGUUCUCGUCGCCUUGUGACGGCGGGUCUACUCGGCCCCCGCCCAGCCAUCCCCCCCCCCCCCCCCCCUGCACACGUCACCAAGGACCGCAACCCGACGACGACGCGCGUGCCCACACACGCAAUUAACCGCCCGCGGGGAAUGCGGCCGAAGGCCAGAACUCUCCCUGGCGUCGGUAGUUUUCCGCGGCGCCGGUAGAUGGCGGCAGUCGACGGCCUAGCCCGCCGGUGAUUGAACCGCUGCGCCCCCCCCCCCCCUCCCACGACAGAGCGGUGAUAGGGAGAGUUUUGGCGGGAACAAAAAAAAAAUAAUUCCCCCCUCUCUGUUUCUUGCGACCGGCAGCCAUGUUGCCGAGGGUCGCGGCGACCAUUUUGUUGCUGAUCUGCUGCUUGCUGGUCCCGGCGGAAGUGACGACUAAAUCCAGGCAGCGGAUGAGCGACGGGCGCGAGAUCUGCGGCAGCGUGGACAUCCGCAACUCGGUGGCCAGCUUCAGCCAGCUGGAGAACUGCAGCGUCGUGGAGGGCUUCGUGCAGAUCGUGCUGAUGGAGAACGCGCGGGCCGGCGACUUUGCCAACGUCAGCUUCCCCAAGCUGGUGGAGAUAACGCACUACCUGCUGGCGUACCGCGUGCACGGGCUGGUUAGCCUCGGCGCGCUCUUCCCCAACCUGGCCGUCAUCAGGGGCUACGCGCCGUUCAUCAGCUUCGCCCUGGUCGUCCACGACAUGCCGCACCUAACAGAGGUCGGCCUGUGGAGCCUCAAGAAGAUCGUGCAAGGGUCCGUGUACGUGUUCGGCAACGCGAACCUCUGCUUCGUGGACACGGUGAACUGGGCGUCGCUGGCGUCGUACGGCGGCAACAGGAUAGGGCAGAACGGUGACAACUGCCCCGCGCAGCAGAAGGGUUGCAAGGAGGCCUGCCGGGACUGCUGGGGCCGGGCGUGGCGGGAGAAGUGCGGCACGGGCUCGGAGGGAGCCGGCGGGUGUGGCAAGCUGUGCCUGGGCGGCUGCACGGAGGGCCGGCCCGACCACUGCAGCGUCUGCGCGGGGGUCCUCUCGGGGAACGUCUGCACCCAGGACUGUCCUCCGGGGAGCUAUGAGUUUCUUGGUCGUCGAUGUGUGACCGAAAUGGAAUGCCGGCAAAUGGAGGUCACACAUCCCACAGCUCUUGACUUCAGCUCAAGCGAUUAUGUUGAUAAGGUCUGGUGGCCGUAUAAUACAUCAUGUGUGCAUUCGUGCCCAAUGGGGUUUGACGACAACAGGACAACAGGCGACGGUGGGAGCUGCAGACAGUGCCACAGCGGCAAGUGCCAUCGAGUAUGCAAUGGGACCAUAGUGACCAACAUCUUUUUGGCACAGGUGUUCAAAGGCUGUACGUACAUAGCAGGUUCUCUUGAAAUUCAAAUCCGUGGUCGUAAUGCUGUUCGAGUGUUGGAGGAGAGUAUGUAUUCCAUCGAAGAGAUUGAAGGCUAUCUCAAAGUAUCUCGUUCGUUCUCGCUCCUGAAUCUCAAUUUCUUCCAGAACCUAAGGAUUAUUCACGGAAAAAGUUUAGACCAAUUAAAAUAUGCUCUGGUCGUAAUGGAUAACCAAGAUUUGGAAGAUUUGUGGGACUGGAGUAGUCGCCGUCACGGGAUGAAGAUAGAAAAUGGAUCCUUAUUCUUCCAUUACAACCCUAAACUCUAUUAUUCAAAAAUUGAAAAGUUGAGAGAAAUUUCAGGUGCUCCCAAUUUUAAUAACACUGAAGUAGAUCGUAAAUCAAACGGUGACAAAAUGGCAUGUGAAAUCAAAAAGAUUAAAUCUUACGUAAAGGCAAUGACUUCAAGGGGUGCUGUGAUUGAAUGGGAACCAUUCACAGAUAUUGAUAAAGAUGAUCUCAUAGGUUACAUUGUGUAUUACAUAGAAGAUCCUCGUGCAAACGUAACAUAUUUCCAUGGUAGGGACGCAUGCAACAGUCAUGGGUGGCGAGCCAUUGACGUAACUGCAGAUGAUGGGAAGCCGAGCCAACUUUUAGCUCAGCUGAAACCCUUCACCCAGUAUGCAUUUUAUGUCGAAACUUAUUCCAAAAAAAACAAAGGUGAUUGCAGUGAGAUCCUGUACUUCACAACUUUGCCAGAUAGACCGUCAUUACCAACGAAAGUCAUUUCAUUUUCUAAUUCAAGUUCGGAAAUUGUUCUUUGCUGGGAAGAUCCGAUUCAUCCAAAUGGUAUUCUCACUCAUUACGUGAUCACAGGGGUUUGGCAACAAGAUAAUCAGAAAUUUCUGGACUAUAGAGAUUAUUGUGUUAAUCCACUUGAGUCUGAAAGUGAAGAUUCACUGCCUAUACCUUCAGAUGGGAAAACUGAAAAUCAAACUGAACAUUGUUGUGCAAGCCUGUCCGAAAAGUUUGAAAUCUCAGAUAAAGUAGUAUUUGAGCAUAUGUGCAAAAGUAAACAUCUUUUACAUUCCAGAUACAUUGAAGAAUCGCAUGUUAGUAAUGAAGUCGAUGCCUGUUACAAUUAUUUCCAUACCUACAUGCAUGAGGAUAUUCGUUUGAACAAAACGAGACAAGAAUUGCAGCUGGUCAGAGUGGGUGAAAAUGAGUGGCGAAGAUAUCCCGAGUCAUCAGAUGUUGAUCAUUCUCAAUCUUUAGGAUUUGUUAAUUCUGCAGAAAAUUUGAUUGAUUCUGAGGAUGGUAUUGUCACGAAUUUUACCUAUUUUGUUGAUGCUAAAGAACACACAUUUACACUGAAAAAUCUUCGUCAUUAUGCUUUAUAUACUAUUAACCUCUUUGCAUGCCGCAAACCCCUGUACUACUUAUAUAAAAAUGGAAAAAAUGAGUCAGAUUACAAUUUCUGCAGCUAUGCCAGCGUGGUCAACACAAGAACUUUAGCCGAGCCUGCUUUGGAUGAAAUAAACUUCAAACAGAUGGCAGUUGACCGCUACAACCACUCAUUAAACGAUGUGUACGUAAGUUGGAAACAGCCUAAAAGACCGAACGGUGUUAUUGUAUCAUACCAAGUAGAGUACAGGAUGGUGGACAUUGAGAAUUUUAAGCCUGGGUUGGAGUGUGUCACCAGGAAGCAACAUGAACGAAAUGGGGGUGGAUAUGUGGUCAGGAACCUUUCUCCAGGAAAUUACAGUUUCAGGGUGAGGGCGACAUCAUUGGCAGACGAGGGACCAUUCACAGAUGUGAUAUAUUAUAGGGUGGUUGAAAAGCCUGGGGCAGCUGGCAUGACCAAGACUUUAAUUAUCAUCUUUGUUUGCCUUGUUGCCUUUUCGCUUGUUGCUGUGUCCCUGUACUUCAAAGCAGUGAGUAAAAUAAGGAAUGGUCUCCCCCUUAUUGCUUCAGUCAACCCAGACUACGUUAGUUCAAACGGACUCAUGUACGUUGAAGAUGAGUGGGAGAUGCAGAGAGAGCGAGUGACGUUGCUGCAAGAAUUGGGUCAAGGGUUUUUCGGCACAGUGUAUGAAGGUACACUCGAUCCAGGCAAGAUGCGUUGUGCGGUGAAGACUGUCUCUGAGAGCGCAUCCCCCAGGCAGAUGAUGGAGUUCCUGAAUGAAGCAUCUGUGAUGAAGUUGUUUGCAGAUGCGCACCACGUGGUGAAGCUGCUGGGAGUAGUGUCCAAGGGUUUCCCGCCGUUGGUCGUUAUGGAACUGAUGACAAACGGUGACCUGAAAUCAUUCUUGCGAGCUGCCAGGGAUAGCAGUCUCGAGGAGCAGCCGAGCCUCAAGCAGAUGUUGCUGACAGCAGCCCAGAUCGCAGACGGCAUGGCCUACUUAGGGGACAACAAGUUCGUGCACAGGGACCUCGCUGCUAGGAACUGCAUGGUCGCAGAGGAUUUGACAGUGAAAAUCGGGGAUUUCGGCAUGACCCGCGACAUUUACGAGACAGACUACUACCGGAAUGGCACGAAAGGGCUGUUGCCGGUGAGGUGGAUGGCCCCGGAGAGCCUCGGCGACGGGGUCUUCACGAGCCAGUCGGACGUGUGGAGCUACGGCGUGGUGCUGUGGGAGAUGGCCACGCUUGCCGAGCAGCCGUACCAAGGUAUGUCCAAUGAGUUUGUUCUUCAGCACGUGCUCGCGGGGGGCAGCCUGGAGUCGCCGAUCCUGUGCCCCGACAUCCUCCGCCAGCUGAUGGAGUCCUGCUGGCAGCCCAAGCCGGGCAAGAGACCCACCUUCCUAGACAUCAUCGGACGGCUGGAGAGGGUCACGCAGCUGGGAGCAGUGUUUCAGGAUGUGUCGUAUUACUGCAAGAGGGAGAGCCGCGGUAAGAAGCCCGCGCCCGACGCCGCGCGGGACGAGUCCGAGUACGUUGAAGCAUCCGUGGGCAGGCCCAACGUGUUGUUCUACCACAGCAAUGACGGCGGGGAAAUCGUCGCACAGUGGAAGCAAGACGGCACUGCACCAGAGAUUGAACCCCUGUUGCAGCCCGCAGACGAAGGCUAUGUUGAACACGAAGCUUCGAAAAGAAACUCAUCCACUGUCAAACCAGACUUUCAGGUUAUGCCAAAUGGCACCACGAAGGGUUGCAAACAAAACUAUUGUUGAUUACAGAAAGUGGACGGUUUUGUCAGUCAGGUGUGAUUUGAAUUCAGAAAGAUCAUAAUGGGUCUGUUAUUUUAGCAAGGUAUGCAAUUUAUUGGUAAAAAGAGUUUUUUUUUUUGCUGCUAAUGUUUUACAUCAGUAAUGCCCAAUUUUUUCCUCCCUUAAACAUGUACUUUGUGUCAUUUGCAGAUGAAUACCUUUUAUUUUUUUUUAAGUUCAUGGGAACAUAAAUGUUUACUCGCAUAGUUUAGUAGGUCUGUUAGCAUGAAUAUCAGAGAUUUUCUGAUUGCCCAUAGUCAAUAAAGUUCCUCAUAAGUUUUUGUUAGUGUAGAGUAAUUGAAUUUUGAUCAAUAAUUUUUACUGUAUAUAUAUGCCUACUUUUUAAAUUAUGAAUAUCUUAAUAAGCUUAAUGUGUUAAAUCUUUCUGUUAUUCUUUGUUUUUAGAUAAUAAAUACUAAUUUAUCUUAACAGUAUUAAGAAUUUUUGUUAGCCUGAAUAUACACACAUUUAUUUCUAGUUCUGAAAAUGAAAAUAAGUUUUAUCUCAAUUUUAUUAUUUUGUCAUUUUAUUUAUUAUGUAGAUACCUGUAAACUAUCAAUGACAUACGUAAUUAGCCAGUUAGUUUGGUAUUGCUUUUUUCAUUUUAGUUGAAGAGCAUUUUUAAUUCGCAAGAAAUUUAUAAUCAUAGUUCAAAUUUGAGAUAGGUACAUGUUCUUCUUCACUUCAAUUUUAUUCCAACUUGAUUUAUGGUCCCCCUGUGAAUUUCAUAGUGAAGUGUGCAGCUCUUGAUAUCAUUGUGUCCUAGUAUGUAUGUGUUGAGUUAAACAGGUCGUAAUCUCACAAAUACAGUUCAUGCAAGGCAUUUCAACAACUUAUUUUUUCAGCUUACAAUAAACUCAUUAUAAUCAUCUGUCAAAACCAGGAAACAAUGAAAUCAUGUUUAUUUUACAUUAGUUAUAAUACAUUGUAGAAACAUAUUUGAAAUAAAAACGGUUAUUAUAGCCUUAUUAAAUUAGUCUUCUGAAAAAU